AUGGAGACUGAAGCGGAGACUAAAGUCCUUGCACUAACUCUGCUCAGCCUAGCGCUGGUUGCCGCCGAUGUCUCGCAUCUGUUUGGACACGAUCAUCAGCACGAGGAGCACGCGCAUCCUGGCUACAAUUACGAGCCACCGAGCAUACCCUUUGAGCUGCCAACGCCCGCCCCCAUUUACCUGCCGGCAAAGGAGCCGGAGCCCAGUUAUUUGCCACCAGCACAGCCCAAGCCAACCUAUCUGCCGCCCACACCAACUUACCUGCCGCCCGCCCCGGUGGUGCAGCCGGACAGCAGCUACUUGCCACCUGCUCAGGUGUUGCCCACCUACAAAAUUCCCAUUCCCUCGUAUGCCGCACCGCUGGAGCCGUAUAACACAUAUCUGCCGCCGCAGGAGAUUGUCGAGCCGCACAGCGAGGAUGGAUAUCAUUACAAUCCACCCGCCACGCCCUUCUUCUACUAA